AUGGGGAAGAUUGUUGCAGCAAUUGGCCAGUCCCACGCUCCAGGAGCACUCGGCUUCCCAGAGACUGCGCAGCCAGAUGCAAGGGCCAGGACCGAGGAGGCCGCUCGCAAGCUUGGUAGGACUCUCAACCAGGCGCAGCCAAACGUCGUCUUCGCAUUCUUAGACGACCAUUUCGAGAACUUCUACCGCAACAACAUGCCCUCCAUUGCUGUCGGAGUGGCAGACGAACAUUCCGGCCCGGCCGACCAGCUGAUGGAAGCCCUCAACGUCAAGGAGAAGUACCGCUUUCCUGGCAAUCCGAAGAUCGCAGAGAAGUUGAUUACGUCCCUUGUGCACGACGGAUUCGAUGUAUCUCGCACCGGUGCUACCGAAUUUGGCCAGAAUGUGGUCAUGCCCUGGGAACUCAUGAAGCCCGAGCUUCCCAACGUCACCUUGAUUCCGAUUUUCAUCAACGUGUUCACACCUCCCUUAAUCACGUACCCUCGCGCGUAUGCGUUUGGGGAGGCCGUAAAACGCGCGAUCGAUGCCCUCCCCGACGACUGCCGAGUCGCUCUGAUGUGCACCGGAGGGCUAUCUCACUGGCCCCCUUACUGGAACCCCAACCAGGCCGGUGACCCUCCCACGGACCCGUUCUUGAUUAAGAUGAAAGAGUUUCAGACCUACGGUCAACCGGUCCUGAAGAAGUACCCGAAUCUGUUCGUAGAGCUGGAUGAGUACGAAAUUGAGAUGGCGAAGAAGAACGAGUAUCUCAACGAAAAGCACCCACUGGUCAACGCUGACUGGGAUCGUUUGUUCCUAGAGCGUUACUGUGACGGAGAUAAGAAGUGGAUUCAGGAUUUGACUUACGAAGGCGUGGAAAAGGACGCGGGCCAUGGAGGCCAUGAAAUCCUAAAUUAUGUGGCCAUGUUUGGUGCUAUGGGUGGUGCCAAAUCGCGACUCGUGCUUUAUGAGCCCGUCAUGGAGUGGAUCUGUGGCAUGGCAUACGUGGACUUUGAGGUCCGGGCAUGA